AUGCUGGGCGCGUGCGACGCCCUCGCGGAGGGAAGCGAGGAGGAUGCGCCCACCCUCGAGCGCGUCACUCAGCUAGUCAGCAGUCCGGUUCCUGUUCAGCGCGUUCUGAGCAUCUCGCUCUUGGUGGACUUUCUCUCUGACUCGGCUGCCGCCUCUCAUGCCUCGCGCGCGGUCUUAACUGAGCUUCUGUACGAAAUCGCGAAGCUGCCUCUCCCUCCGCCGCGAUCGCCGGCGCCGCCAGCUGGAGCGUCUGCGCGCCGCAGCGCGUCUUCUCCGGCGGAGUCUCACGAACUCAACGCGCCGGGUGUCCCGUCUGGGCAGCUGGCAGACGCGGACGUCUCUCCUUCUGCGCAGCCGAGCCCAGAAAGCCCCUGUGCCGCAGCGGGCGCUCCGCCCGGUGUAUGCACAGCAGCCGACGCGUCCGCACACUCCCCAUCUUUUCUCUCCUCCUCCGCUACGCAGGACGCACCGCCUGGCGACGACGAUCCGCCCGCGAGGGCGAAGGCCGGCAGCGCGUCUUCGUCUUCUCUAUCUCCUCUGUCUGCUUUGUCGUCCUUUUCCUCCCCGUCCGCCAGUUCUGCCCUGUCGUCUGUCCCUCGCGUCUCUCUGCCUUCGUCGGUGGCUUCUUCGCCGGUGACCUCCGCGGGGCGUCUCUUCUCGGCGCUGCUGUCCUCCGGAGGGAGUCUGGGCAGCGCGCUCUCGAUGCGGUUUGGCGGAGACACGUCGGCACAAGCGAAGAAUGUGGAAAAGGCCGCAGGCAGCGACGCAGACGACGGCGCGCUCGUGGCUGUCCGAAAGGCGCUCUGCGCCCGCAGCGGAGACAUCGCCGCGUGCCUCAUUCAGGCCGACCCGGAUCAGGGGUACCGGCGCGUCUACGAGGAUCUGCUGCCUCUGUUUGAGCAGCUCGUGCACACAGCCCCGGAGUGGACUACGAAGAAAGCCGCUGCGGAUGCGAUUCUUCUGCUCGCGACUCAUCUCAGGGCCAAGGAGCGCUUGGAGCAGGUCCUGCCGAUCGCGCUGCGCCUCUCGAACUCUUUGGAGCACGCGGAGCUCCGUCUGCUGGCGGUGGGCUUCUUGCAUCUUCUCUUCGACAUUUCCUCCUCCGUCGUCGCCGCUCACUUCAUUCUUCCGCAGCUCCUCUUCCUCGCAGACGAGGACCCAGACGCCACCGUCAGGCGAUGCGCCCUUCGCCACGUGGCCGCAGUUGCCUCCUCGCUGGAGCCUGCGCUGUUUUCGUCUCGCGUGCUGCCUUCGUUUCUGCGGCUACUGCGCGGGCGGCGCGCGCGCGGGGUGGGCGGCGUCGACCCGCACACGCGCGCCGCGGUGGUCUGCUCGCUGUACGACCUCGCCAAGGCCUCGCGCCUCUCCGUUCGUCUCCGCCUUCUCCUUCCCGCGGUCCAGGAGCUGCUCGAAGACCCCUCCGCCGUCGUUCGCUUCGCGGCGCAGCAGCAGCUCGGGCGGUUCCUCUCUUCCGUGGGCGGAUGCUUGGAUCCGGAGUACGCGGCGGAGGCACUGCGCGAGGAAGCGGCCGAGCGUGCGCGGCGCAGAAGCGAGGGGCGCGCCGCGCGCGCCAGGAGCUCGGGAAACCUCUCGCUUUCGUCGUUUGAAGGCCUCUGCGGCGGCUCACCGGGAACUGUGCGCGACGCCACCGCGUCUCCGACCGCUUCUGCCACGUCGUCGCUUCCGCCGUCCGCGCCGGCCGUCGACGGCAGGGAGGAGGAGGCAGAGGAGCGCGACGCGGAAGAAGCGGAGUUCUCGCGGACCAGCCUGGAGGCCGCCUCCCGGGCGAUCACCGCGCUGCUGCGGCGCUUCGCUGAGCUCGCGAGCGGCGACGGUCUUCUCGUUGAGACGCUCGAGAACGAGCUCGCCGCCCCGAAGGACGGCAAGCCUGCGGAGGAGCGGCCGGGGAAGAAGAGGUCGUCGCUCUUCGCCAGCGUCUUCUCCGGCGGGAAGCAAGCUCAAGAAGAGAGGGAAGACGACUCUCCUCCGUCGCAGCUGCUGCCGUCGCUGACGCUCGACUUGACGCCCGCGUCAGCCUCCUCGGCGGCGGCCGCUGCAUGUACCUGCCGCUGCUGCAGGCGCGCGGGGCUGCUCUCGCUGCAGAGUUCUCUCUCUGUCGCCUCGCCGUCUUCUCUCUCUUCGCUCUCUUCCCUCUCUUCUCUCUCCUCGCUGCCUUCACUUUCUUCGCUGGCCUCGCUCGCAGGGUCCGGUGCUGGCUUUGCUGGACUGCCGGCGGCGCCCAGCGGCGCCGGGACCCUCGCGGCCUUCGCGUCGCUCGCCGGCGCGUCUCCGCCGGCGUCGUCGCCCGCGGCCGCCUUCUCCUCCUCGGGCUCCGGCGAGCCCGUCGCUCACUCCGCCGCGUGCUGCGCCUUCGCCUUCGCGGCGGUGGCGACUGCGGCGCGGUCUCGAGGGUGGGCGCUCCUGAGCGAAGCUUUUAUCGUCCUUGUCAGGCACCAGUGCAAACACGUCCGCAAGUCGAUGGCGGCUUCUUUCCACCUCCUCGCGGCCGCGGCGCUCGCGCGCCCGCGGCCUUCCCCCGCGGCUCCUGCGCUGGGCAAUUCAGCCGGCGAAGCGCCUCGCGAUCGAGGAGGAGCGCGCAGCGAAGAAGAGGCGCGGAGCGACGCGCGGGGAGAAGAAGACGCAGAGACACGCCUCGUCGAUCGCGAGGCCACCGAGCGCGUCUUCCUCUCUGCUCUAGAGUCCUUUCUCCUCGAUGGAGACGUGGAUAUUCAGAUGGCCGUUCUUGGAAACAUUGCGCAGAUCGUGGCAGCCUUCUCGCCAACGAGUCGGCUAGGGAUCCUUGGUACUCUGCAGACCGUCGUCUUCACAUCGGAAUUGUUUUGGAGCUCGCGCCUGCUGCUCGCCCAGCAACUGGAGGCUCUCUUUCUGCUCCAAGAUCCUCAGCUCCGCACGGACCUCCUCUCGCUCGCCUUCACGCUGCUGCAGGACUCUGUGGCGAUCGUGCGGAAGGCAGCGUGUCGGUGCACGCCGGCGCUGCUGUCUUCGUGCUGCAAAGACCUCGUCGCAGCGGUGCCUGCGCGCCCGAUGCCGCGCUUCGUGCAUGAGCUCUCGCGCCUGCGAAAGGCGUCAGACAGGCGCGGCCCGCGAGGCGAACGGCGCGGCAGCGCCCAGGAGGCGCAGAUCGAGCUCCAAGGAGGAGUCGCAGAAGGCCCUCGAAGCGGCGAGCGCGGCCCGGAAAAUCCUUUGUCAGGAAGCCCCCGCGACGCAGACAAGCUCCGGCGCCUCCUCACCAAGGGCGAGCAAGCCAGCGUCAUCUGCGACAUCCUCGAAACAUUCGCCGAGAGUCCGCGCUUCACAAGUCGCCAGCUGUUCAUCCACAUGGCUGACCAAGUUAUUCGCCACUGCCCUCGCAGUCUGUUUGAGAUCUACUUCAUGCGAGCUCUCGCGUACCUGUCGAGCGACCGCGUCGCCAACGUCCGGCUCACCUGGGCGAAGCUGCUCCUCCCGCACUUGCGGAAACCCAACGGGAAACUCAAAGACAACUGCCUGCUGGUCUGCGCCGCCAAGAGCCUUCGGAAGACCGAGCGGGAUCGCGAAAUGCGGCUGCUGCUGGAGAGUUGUGCGUUCGCUGAGGACGAAGACCUGCAAGUGGUUGACGGUUUGGAGCUGCGCGACUUCGAUCGGGGCAGCCGGUCACUCUCGGAGAGUCGCGGAAGCAGCGAGGAUUCCGAAGGCGCGCCUGGGGCGGAAAUGCUUGUCGGCGAAUCGAGUGAGGAAGACGCGCGGGCUCUGUGUCCGAGCGCUGCUGAGGGGGACGCGCAAGGGAAACUCGGGCCUACCGAUGAGACGGAAGAGGCCUUCGGGGCGAGUGGUCAGCACGCGGAGCAAGAAGCCGUGGCUGGCGGCCCCACGGAGGGAGCGAGUGAGCCAGACCUCGCGGCCGAAGAAGGGACACAAGAGGGCGAUGCCUCCCCAGCGCACCAACAGAAGGUAGAAGAGGACGGCGCCGGGGCAGAGGCAUGCCAGGCGCAGAGAGCGACGCAUCUGUGCGAAAACGAAGCGAUUAGCGAAGGGGAAGACGGCGGGCUUUCCUCUGCAGGCGAACCGAGUGCUGGAGCCGGCGCGUCCAGCGGCCCUGACACAGUCCCCGCGGCAGCGGCUGGUGAAGGCGAAUCGGAAGCAGAUCGACAGGCGGGGAAGGAGGCGUCGCUGUCGGGCGUCGAAGAGGCGAACGAGACGCAUGCACCGAGAGAAGGCCUCGCGCGUGAAGCCAGAGACCGAGCUUGCUUCUCAGCGGGCCUCGAGCCGGCGGACUCGGAUCGGGGAGCGGUGGGUCGGGCUUGGAGCCCGACGCACCCGACGGGGACCGGGGACCCGCCCGCCUCGGGGCGCGGGGCGUCUCCGGCGGUUCCCGCGGCGCCCGAGGCGCUGCGGAACGGCGCAGAGACGGAGGGACGGACCCGCGAGCCGGGGGCGAGCCCCGCGAGCCGUCUCAACCUUCUCCUGGAGCAGGAGGUCGACGCUGUGUCAGCCGCGAAGCACGGUGCAGCGCUGUCGCUUUUAGAGAAAGGCCUUGAUGAAGCAGCCGAGGCAGAAUGGAUGGCGUCAGUGUACGAAGCAGAGAGGCUCUCAGAGCGGGGCGAUAAGGCCAGCGAGAGCCGAGAUCUGGUCGAGUCCGCGUACCGGUCAGGCGGUGCCCUCGAGUCCGUGGGACUCGCGUCGCGGCUGUGUGCUCCUGAGGCGCGAGAAGGCGGAAGCAACUCGUCUCCGCUUCGAAACGCGCCGCAUCCGCCGCUGCGCGUUCGGCCCUCCUCGCCUUCGUCACUAUCCUGGAGGACGGAGGAGAGCGGGGAAGCCUGUCCCGUGGUCGUGGAGGACACGUUUCGAGACAAGACCGAAGACACACUGGACGCGAUUUACGGCAUGCCGCGGAGCCCGCAAAUCGCGCCCCCGCCGCAAGUCGUCGGCAUGGUGGAAGAUGCCGCUGUCGGGCGCGGCUCCUACUGGAGCGUGGACUCGCCGCAGGAGCUGCAGAGCGCGAUCUCCGCGGACGUGUCGGUCAUCGAGGCCGUUGAGGCUUUCUGGGGACAGCCCAGCGACGAGGAGGCGGAGGACGAAGAGCCGGAGCGAGACUGA